AUGCCACGUUCGUUUCAGAUCAAAGUGCCCGCGUCGUCGGCGAAUAUAGGUCCCGGGUUCGACGUGUUGGGGGUAGGGUUGCAGCUCUACUUGAGUAUUAGCGUGGAGAUUGAUCCCAGUGUUGAUACCACGGCGGACCCCCACAACGCGCUUCUUUCCUAUGAGGGUGAUCUCGCCGAGAAGGUCCCGUUGAGUUCAGACAAGAACUUGAUCACACAAACUGCAUUGUAUGUGCUCAGAUGCAACGGGAUCAGCCAGUUCCCCCACGGAACCAAGAUCCACGUGAACAACCCCAUCCCCCUUGGGCGCGGUUUGGGCUCGAGCGCUAGCGCCAUUGUCGGCGGAGCCUGCCUAGGGAACGUCAUUGGGGACUUGCACUUGGACAAAAGGAGGAUGCUCGAUUACUGUUUGAUGAUUGAGAGGCACCCGGAUAACAUUGCCGCCGCCAUGCUCGGCGGGUUUAUUGGGUCGUACUUGAAUGAGCUCGACGAGGGGGACGCAGAGGCCACGCAGGUGCCAUUGGAAUGGGUCUUGCCUAAAGAGGACACCCCCCGGUCCUCCAUAGUGCUGUCACCGCCGCCACGGGACAUCGGCGAGUACGUGCAGUACAAGUGGAAUCCGAAAAUCAAAUGCGUCGCCAUUGUGCCCAACUUUGAGGUCAGCACAGACAAGUCCAGAGCAGUGUUGCCGCAGACCUACUCCCGCAAGGACAUUAUCUACAACUUGCAAAGAAUAGCCAUACUCACCACCGCGUUGACCCAGAACCCGCCAAACCACAAGGUGAUCUACGAGGCAAUGAAGGAUAAGAUCCACCAGCCGUACAGGACGGUGUUGAUCCCCGGCUUGGACACGGUGUUGAAAGACGUGGUCCCCGCGAAACACCCGGGACUCUGCGGCAUCUGCCUCAGCGGUGCUGGUCCAACCAUUUUAUGCCUCGCUACUGACGGGUUUGAAAGUAUUGCACGUGACGUCACGGGUAUCUUCCAAAGCGAGGGGAUCAAGUGUGACUGGAAAGUGUUGGACUUGGCCUACGACGGGGCCACUGUAGAUGUAAAUAGAGAGACUUAG